AUGAAGCAGAGUUUAUCAAUAGCAUUGUUGACGAGAUAUAUAUGCAGACAGCUGACCACCCCAUACUUGAAUUUAGCUGUCUAUCCAGUUGGAAUAGAUUCUCGUGUUAAAGAUAUUGGUGAAUAUUUACGUGUUAGAUUAGAUAAUGCUGUUUGCAUGGUUGGAAUUUGGGGUAUGGGUGGAAUCGGCAAAACAACAGUUGCCAAAGCCAUCUAUAACAAAUUUUAUCAUGACUUUGACAGUAGAAGUUUCCUAGCAGAUCUUAGGGAAACAGCAAAGGACUCAAGUGGUAAGAUUGCACUGCAAGAAAGACUUCUUUCUGAUGUCUUAAAACCAACCAAGAUAGAGGUAGGUGAUGUUUCCAAAGGCAUCAAUGUGAUCAAAGAACGACUUGGAAGCAAAAAGGUACUUGUCAUCGUUGACAAUGUCGAUCGUGUGGAACAAUUGACUGCAUUGGCAAUAAGCCGUGAUUCCUUUGGUCUGGGAAGUAUAAUUAUUAUAACAACAAGAGAUCGACAUUUGUUACAACUAGUGAAAGUGGAUAAAAUACAUCUGACACAAGAAAUGAAUGAAGAAGAAGUUCUUGAGCUAUUUAGUUGGCAUGCCUUUCAAAAUUAUUCUCCUAAUGAAGACUAUAUCGAACUCUCAAGAAGAGUGGUUACUUACUGUGGAGGUUUACCACUGGCUCUUGAAAUUUUAGGGUCUUUCCUCUUUGGAAGGAGCAUGGGAGAUUGGAAUAGCACACUGAAGAAAUUGGAAAAAAUUCCUGAUGGCACAAUUCAGUCAAAGCUCAGAAUAAGCUUUGACACACUUAAGGAGAGCCAGAGGCACAUAUUCCUCCACAUAUGUUGUUUCUUCAUUGGAAUGGACAAAAACCAUGUCAUAAAAAUACUCAAGGGCUGUGGUUUUUCUCCAGAAAUAGAAAUCAGUGUCCUCUCUGAACGUUGCCUCGUAACUGUUAAUGAAAAAGACAAGCUAAUGAUGCAUGAUUUGCUUUGA